AUGGACAGAAUUUAUAUCAACGGUGAAGAAGCCAAUUUCCAUUGCCCAGACAAUCACUCAGUACGUGAUGCAGAGCUCUCCACCCUCAAAGACAACCUGACUGCAGAGAGAGACCUUUGCCUGACUAAAAAGUUGGAAAGUUUGUCUGCACAAAACCAUAAGUUAAAUGAUUCAGUUGCAGAGCUCUCUGCCAUCAAAGACAACUUGACUGAGCUCCUUCAGACCAGCAAUGAUAAACUGUCCUCCAUAACUAAAGAGAGAGACCUGCUGAACGCCAACCUGGCUCAAAUGACAAAAAAUCUUCGGUGCUUGUUUGAACCGAAUAAAGUGUGUCCUGCAGGAUGGCAAAUGUUCAGCUGUUCCUGUUAUUUCCUCUCUGGAAAGCCUGGUUCCUGGGAUGAAGGCAGACAGGACUGUAGAGACAAAGGAGCAGAUCUGGUGGUGAUAGACAGCCCUGAAGAACGGAUGUUUCUGUCUAUCAGCAUAAACAGCAACAUGUGGAUUGGUUUGAGUGACAGAGAAGUGGAAGGAACCUGGAAAUGGGUUGAUGGGACUCCACUGACUCUGAAGUAA